GCUACUUUCUCUCAUCAACUCUAUUCCGCCUCCUGGGCUUCUGUUUGUGCCCCGAGCAUACUGCGACGAGUGCCUUGAUUGCCAAACCAGCACCACCAUCAACAUCAACAACUUCCAGUAACUCGGUAACAAGACACCAUCGCAAUCAUGAUUACUCUCGCCUCUCCCUCCGAAGCCAGCCGCAAGGCCACCAAGCAAGCCUCCCGCGUGAUGUCCAGCCUCAAAAACACCCUCUGGUCAACCUUCUCCAAGACCCCCAAGCAGCAUCUCAAGGAGCAGAUGCCCAAGUACCAACUCUGUAGCAACCCCAGCAUCACUAUUACAGAUGCAGAGACCGGUGAAGAGUGGGAUUUCGUUGAUCAUGAUGAACUCGAUGGUGAUCUCGCGAACAGCGACGACAAUCGCACUUCGAGCGAGGAACUCGAGAUGAAUGCGCGCGAACAGGAGGAUCUCCUGUAUUCGCGACGUUGCGCAGGGAGAGAGAGAUAUGCUGGCUGUUCGACGAAACUCGCCAGUGCCAGUAGAACAAGAGAUCUCGCGACGAAGCAGCCAUCGCCUCGAGAUUGA